UGACACGGAUGACAGCCUAUUUAUUUCCUAGGCAAAAGAGCCGGGCAGGAAGACAGAAAGAAGCUGACUUCUGUAAGGACGAGCCGCAUGGAAGAGGGGAUGCUGGCAGCUGCCUCCACAGACUCCAACUCCAGCACCAUGAACGUGUCGUCUGCUCACCUCCACUUUGCCGGAGGGUACCUGCCCUCUGACUCCAAGGACUGGAGGACCAUCGUCCCAGCUCUCUUGGUGGCCGUCUGCCUGGUGGGCUUCAUGGGGAACCUUUGCGUGAUUGGCGUCCUCCUUCAUAGCGCUUGGAAAGGGAAGCCAUCCAUGAUCCACUCCCUGAUUCUGAAUCUAAGCCUGGCUGAUCUCUCUCUCCUGCUGUUUUCUGCACCCGUCCGAGCGACAGCAUACUUCAAAGGGGUUUGGGACCUAGGCUGGUUUGUCUGCAAGUCCUCUGACUGGUUCAUCCACACGUGCAUGGCAGCCAAGAGCCUGACGAUCGUCGCCGUGGCCAAAGCAUGCUUCAUGUAUGCGAGUGACCCAGCCAAGCAAGUAAGUAUCCACAACUGCACCAUCUGGUCAGUGCUGGUGGCCAUCUGGGCUGUAGCUAGCCUGCUCCCCCUGCCAGAAUGGUUCUUUAGCACCACCAGGCUUCACGCAGGUGUGGAAAUGUGCCUCAUGGACGUCCCCCCCGUGGCCGAAAGGUUCAUGGCAAUGUUUGGUAAGCUCUACCCUCUCCUGACGUUUUGUCUUCCAUUACUCUCUGCCAGUUUUUAUUUCUGGAGAGCUUAUGGUCAAUGUAAGAAACGAGGCACUAAGACUCAAAAUCUGAGAAACCAGAUGCGCUCCAGGCAGCUCACAGUGAUGUUGCUGAGUAUCGCUGUCACCUCUGCUGUGCUGUGGCUCCCCGACUGGAUAGCGUGGCUGUGGAUCUGGCAUCUGAAGGCUGGAGGCCCAGCCCCACCACAAGGUUUCAUAGCCCUGUCUCAAGUCCUUAUGUUUUCCAUCUCUUCGGCAAAUCCUCUCAUUUUCCUAGUGAUGUCAGAAGAGUUCAAGGAAGGGCUGAAAGGCUUGUGGAAAUGGAUGAUAACCAAAAAACCACCAACUGCCUCAGAGUCUCAGAAAACACCAGCUGGUAACUCAAAUGUCCCUCCCGACAAUGUUCCAUCUCCAGAGUCCCCAGCACCCAUACCAGAGAAAGAAAAGCCUGGCUCUCCCUCCUCCAGUGUAGACAGAACGGAGAAGGCACAGAUCCCCAUCCUCCCUGAUGUAGAGCAGUUUUGGCAUGAGAGGGACACAGUCCCUUGUGUACAAGACAAUGACCCUACCCCCUGGGAACAUGACGAUCAAGAGACGGGAGACUGUGAUAAAUAG